ACCGAUACGAGAAGCGCCACAAGAACUUGGCUGCACACGUCUCUCCUGCGUUCCGUGUUGAGGUUGGCGACACUGUAACAGUUGGACAAUGUAGACCACUGUCUAAGACUGUCCGAUUCAAUGUUCUCCGGGUUUCGAAGAACAAGGCGGCUGCUAAGUCGUUCGGCAAGUUCUAGUAUAUGUAGUGCUCAGUCAUUUUAUCCACGCAUGCAAUUCCAAGCUCUUAUGACUAUGCAUUCAAUGAUUGGCAUUGUCGUCCCUACGCCAAGCCAACUGUUCAGAACAUCUUUCAGCGCCCUGCCCAGACCUUAGAUCUCAGUAGACGAGGACCAUGUACGUGACAUAAACGGGAACAAACACAGAGAUUUCACGGGACGAGUGACUUGCUGAGUGACGGUCAAGUGGUUCAAGCUCGAUUAGACGUUCAUCCUGGCGCCAACAUUACUCUCCGUAUUUGCCUCGCGCCUUUCUAAAGGUCGACCCUCGUCGCCUCAGCCUCCGAGCAUGGGCCAACAACCGUCGAAGAAGCCUAAGAAAGGCUCCAAAGACGCCCAGACAACAGCGGUGGAAGACCACGCCUCAGACACCACGCCAGACGACCCAGCGGAGAACACACCUCAAGCCAGCUUCUCACGAGCGACAGGAGCGUCAGCAGCGAACGGCACCUCAUCAGACGGCGCUCCUGCGAUCAGCGUCUCUGACCCGGACGGCGCGCCACUUUCGCCUGGAUCAUCGCAACCUCGCCCCCCGGGCUCACCUCAACUUUCCAAAUCCACACCGCUGAAAGAGUCGUCAGCACCCGUGUCCACCUCUCCACAGCAAUCACCGAAGGCAGCACCGGCACCCCUAGACAUCCCCAUCACUCAAACCAUCCUCUCCAACUCCACUGCCUUUAGCCCCGGAUCCGUUCCGAAUAGUGCUGUGCCGGACGCGGCUUCUGGAAACGGCGCGGCUAAGGACAGGAUGAAGCAGUUUGACGUGGACGACAUGAUCUCUCGGUUGCUCGAAGUGGGAUACACUGGCAAAGUUAGCAAGUCAAUGUGUUUGAAGAACGCAGAGAUAACCGCCAUCUGUCUUGCUGCCCGGGAAAUCUUCCUCAACCAACCCACGCUCGUGGAGUUAUCGCCUCCUGUCAAAAUCGUUGGUGACGUGCAUGGGCAAUAUUCUGACCUCAUUCGACUGUUCGAGAUGUGCGGCUUUCCUCCAGCCGCUAACUAUCUUUUCCUUGGUGACUACGUCGAUCGCGGGAAGCAAAGCUUGGAGACUAUUCUUCUCCUGCUUUGUUUCAAGAUCAAGUACCCGGAGAAUUUCUUUCUGUUGCGGGGUAAUCACGAAUGUGCGAAUGUGACUCGAGUGUACGGAUUCUACGACGAGUGCAAACGAAGAUGCAACCUCAAAACAUGGAAGACGUUCAUCGACGUAUUCAAUUGCCUUCCGAUUGCAGCCAUUGUGGCCUCUAAAAUCUUCUGUGUGCACGGUGGACUGUCCCCUUCGCUCAACUCGAUGGACGACAUCAAACGCAUACAGCGACCCACGGAUGUUCCUGACUACGGAUUGUUAAACGAUUUGUUAUGGUCGGAUCCUUCGGACACCGCGCUGGAUUGGGAGGACAACGAGCGUGGGGUCAGUUACUGCUUUGGGAAGGGCAUCAUCAAUGACUUCUUGGUCCGCUACGACAUUGAUCUCAUCUGUCGAGCCCAUAUGGUCGUUGAAGACGGGUAUGAAUUCUGGAAUGAUCGAACGCUGGUCACCGUGUUCAGCGCACCCAAUUAUUGCGGGGAAUUUGAUAAUUACGGAGCGUGCAUGAGCGUCUCUGAAGACUUGUUGUGUGCUUUUGAACUCCUCAAACCAUUGGACGGCGCUGCCUUGCGCAAGGAAAUGACGAAGGUAAAACGAAAGAGUCUCAUGGCCACUGCCGCUUGAUACCAACCACGACAAGGCAGAGAUUAUGUUAUACGAGUAUAAUCAACAUUGUCGGGCAUCGAUCUGUGGCCAAGAUGCGAAGUUCCGCAUGAUUUCACAGUCGUCGGAGGUGGGAGAAAUCUACUGGUACUCUCACACCAGUGUCCCAGCACACGGAGCAGUCCUUGCUCAUUCCCAUUCCUUUCUAUUUACUUUUUUGGCACAGACUUUGUAUAUUGUUUAGCGUUAAGGGUAUCCGCUGCAUCCGUCUCGGAGAUUUGACAAGCUCUAUUCAUGGGCGAUCUAUCAUGUCAAACACUAACACGCCAAACGCGGCCACUAUCACACUACAUCCAACAACACCGCCGAGAGUGACGGCCUCCAUUCCCGCUCCAAAAAGAAUGUCAGAAAUGAAAACAAGCACGAUUGUCAACAAGUUUCCGACAGAUGUGAUGAUGGGACCCCAAGUACCGAGGAGCACCUGCAAGUAUUGUGUGAGUCAGAGCAAGAGAAUAGACACGGGAACAGACCAUGAAGCCCGCAUUGAACACCACACCGCUCAGCGCGAUGCCUCCGAUGGUCAGCGUCACCGCAAGGUUCGGAGGAAGAACAAAGCGUUCAACCUCAAGAUGGUGCAAAAUGGGAAAGCAACCUCCCAGUAACACGAGGGUGCAUAACCCGAUUGCGGAAGUGAGCAGAUUCGGAUGCAGCCCGAAAGGUGGGGAAACAACAUCAGAAUCUGAGGGUGGGGAUUGUCGCCGAUUGGAUCUUCCGAAGGAAGAUGCUCAUAUGCCGAUUCGGCCAGCAAUUCGGGGUCUGUCGGCAGUGCUGCAUAUCUCUUGUACAGAACUUGGUACAACGCGUAACCAAUCGACGCGAUGAGCGUCAGGAGAUCGCCGACCAACGGGGCGCUUGGUUUGAACGAAGAUCGAGAGAUCGAGUCCGCAUUGGAAGCUCUACUUCCUCCGUAAACAACGACAAGCACGCCGAGAGUAGCAAGAAUGACGGCCAGAAGCCUUCGCGGCUCCCAUUUGAGGUUGAAGGUCAUCAGAUACGCGAAAAACGCGUUGGCAUUCCAGAUCG